AUGGUUGAAAAUAGUGUAGAUACAUACUAUGGACGCGACAUAUACUUACCAGGAGUCACUCAUUAUUAUUUGUAUGGUGAUUUUUUUGAAUCAGUAGAUAGUUUACCCAACUCUUUUAGAUUGCAUUUUAGUGGCACUUACUUGAUUACAAUUGGUACAUCAUCUAAAACAAUUUAUGUUGAGCGUUCAUCCAUUAUUGUUAUUAUUCGUAAUGAUGUUCAAACAGAGUAUCAAAAAAUUAUAACUGGCGUGACCUCUAUAACAUUUCCUGCAGGAAAUGCAGAUAGUUGUGUACAAUUAAUUUAUGCAAACUUUAAUGAAGAGAGUUCUUAUUCAUAUACAUAUGACAUAAUUCACAAUCCAAAAGAUCUUGAAAUAGGUUAUUAUGCCAAAAAUAAUCAAAGAUAUGCUAAUCUAAUCAUAUAUUCAGAUUCUUCAAUGUUUGUUUCUGUUGAAAAUUUAUGUACUGGGAAGAAAGACGAAUGGAUGUUACCGAAAAACGAGGCAUUUAUAUAUACAAUCAAUUUGAAUGAGCAGAUUAAAGUAAGGGCCGAUUCUCUUGAUAGAAGCUUAACUUCCGAAUUAUUUGAUCAUUCAAAACCAAAAUUUAUUACAUCAUUAACCGAAAAUAUCAAAUAUCCAUAUGAUAUUUGUAAUCUAUCAGAAACGAAUUUUUAUUUUUGCAAUGUCUCAACAAAGAAAACAUAUCUAUGCGAUUCUGUACAAACAGGAAUCUUGAAUCCUUCUCUGUUCGAUUUUAAUAGUCCGUUGGUAUCUUCAAAAUCAGGGACUAAUGAAUUAGUAGCAAUUAAUUAUUAUUCUGGAGAUGAUGUUAUUGUUAAUGAUUUUGGGACAUUUAAAAGUUCUAAUUCAGAAAAAUUAUGGGCAUUUUCAACAAUACCGAUUGCUUGUGCAGCUUCUGGAUAUAGUCUCAAGACAUAUUAUAAUAAUGGAUUAUAUGGAUGUCGAUCAGAUUCUGGAAAUGUAACUGUUCUUAAAGCAAAUAUUGAAGAAAAUGUCACUAGAAGUUUAAACAUCCAAACAGAUACAAAUAACAUCGAAGCGGUCGAUGAUUUCGUUUAUUUGGCUGGAGGAAUCAACUCACUGGAAAUAAAUGGAACCCUAAAUAUUUCUUUUAAAGGAAUUUUAUUUAUUCCAAACAUGACAGAUCUUGAAAUUGUUGAUUCAUCCGUGGAACCUAAAUAUGAAGGAUACUAUUUUGAUUCUCAGAAUAUUGCUUCAAUUCAAAUUAGAUCAAAGAAACUCGUUAAGUUCAAAAUAUUCUGUAUAUGGGAAGAUGAACCAUUACCAAUAUGUUACAAUGUUCCUACAGGUAAUUAUAACUUUUCUUCAAAAUUAAUUUUUGCAAGUGAAUUUCAGUUCCAUACAAGUCGUACAAAGUUUGACUACAAAUAUUAUCAUACGUUUGAAGAAGACCGUUAUAUAACAUAUCUUCGUAUGAUGAAUUACAAAAUACCAGUGGAUUACAAAUAUAAAUGUUUCGGAAUUUCAUUAGAAGGUGAAAAUAAACAUUUCAGUGAAGAAUUGACAAAUGAUACUAGUACUCACAUUGAUAAAAAACUUUUUAUCAUCAUAUGA